AUGUCAACCUAUGCAAUCUAUUUGCAUACAAUACUAAUAGCACCGUUACAGACGUCAAUCAUACUGUAUUUUCAAUGGUCACAAUUGGGUCGGGCCUGUUGUCUGGCCAGUAUCGUAGUCAUCAUUGUGUUUAUUGUCUAUCAGCUGAUAAUAGUCGGGACACUGUUUCGACAGAUACGGCACAGGACUGCUUCGCUAACCGAUCAGCGAUUAUGUCUAAUGAAUGAGAUUAUUGGUGGUAUGCGUGUCAUCAAAAUGUAUACCUGGGAGUUGGCUUUUGGACAGUUAGUUUCGGUUGUCCGCAAAUCUGAAUUGAAACUAAUUUAUUUAACUAAUCUGUUUAACGGUUUCAAUAUAUUCAUGUAUUUUCUAUUACCGCCAAUGAUUGUCUACCCGUGUCUACUGGUGUACGUAUGGCUGAACAACAAUAAUGGCGGCCACCGAUUGACGGCCGACAUUGUGUUUGUUACCGUUAGCUACGCCAGUAUAAUGCGGCCAACAUUAGGCAAAUGUUUACCGAUUUUUAUAUCGUCAACCAAUGAACUUCUAGUUGUUAUCAAACGUAUAGAGGAGUUACUAUUGCUCGAUGAUAUCAAACAUCAUAUUGAUAACUAUAACUAUAAGACUAGAAAAUUGUUUCCUAAUAAAGGCGUUUUCAUUGUCAAUAUGACUGCCCGUUGGACUAAUGAGGUAACUAAGCCGACGCUCAAUGAAAUCAAUGUUUGUUUAAAACCGGGACAAUUGUUAACCGUUAUCGGACCGGUAGGCAGUGGAAAGAGUUCACUAUUGAUGUCAGUGCUAAACGAGAUGACACUGGAUUCGGGUUCAAUGCAAGUGUCGGGUCGGGUAUCCUAUGCACCGCAAGAGUCGUGGGCUUUCAUUGCCAGUGUUCGCGAUAACAUAUUGUUUGGUUCCGUGUAUGACGAGCACCGGUACCAACAAGUAGUCAAUGUGUGUGCAUUGGACAGGGAUUUCCAAUUGUUUCCGUUCGGCGAUCGGACAUUGGUCGGCGAAAAGGGUGUACUGUUGAGUGGCGGCCAAAAAUCGCGUAUCAGUUUGGCCAGGGCACUGUAUCGUCAGGCAGAUAUCUAUUUGUUGGACGACCCGUUAUCGGCAGUGGACGCACAAGUGGCCAAACAUAUAUAUAACAAAUGCAUAAUUGAUUAUUUAAAAGAUAAGGCCUGCAUACUGGUCACCCAUCAGAUCCAAUUGAUACAAAAAUCUGAUAAAAUACUUGAGCUGGAUGAUCAGGGUCGAUGUAUAGCACUGGGCAAUUAUGAUAAGCUUAGACGACAAAGUGUUACACUAAUAUUAUAUCAGCAAAAUAGUGAAAACCUAAAUACUAGUGUAUUAGCAGAUGAUAAUCAUCAUCAUCAACAACAACAUGGGAACAGUUUAUCACAUGUAAUGGUCAACAACAACAACAACAACAACAUGGAUGUGCCGGACAAUCACGAUAUCAUCAUCAAUAAGAUAUCAAAUUUAGACAAACCGGAAGUCAAACACGAAACUAAAAUGAUAGGUAGUAUCGAUACUAAUGUCUAUUGGGAUUAUAUUAAGGCCGGCGCCGGAGGACCGCUGCUAAUGUUGACAAUGAUUUCAAUGAUAAUUUUGUCGCAAACACUAUAUCAAGGAAUCGAUUGUUGGCUGUCUUAUUGGACAAAUCAAACAAAUCAAAAUGAUGACAACCACAGUAACCGUUAUAUUAUAAUCUAUUCGGCACUGAUUGUAGGCCUGUUUGUCACAUCACUAUUGGCUACUUUAUUAUAUUAUAUGAUGUGUAUGAGAUCAUCAAAAAUACUACAUAAGCGCUUAUUUCAGACACUAUUGAGAGCACCCAUACACUUGUUUGAACAUUUACCGGCAGGUCGUAUACUUAACCGAUUUUCUAAAGAUAUCGGUAGUAUUGAUGAACAGUUACCGUCGACAGCGUUUGAUUUUAUACUUAAACUAUCGCUAAUUAUCGGUAAAUUAGUGAUCAAUGCAAUUGUCAGUUGGCUUCUG